AUGACGGUCAAUGAGUCCAAUGAUGUGAAACCAACCCUCGAUCCUUUCAUAAUCCAGGAAAAUGCCGACAAAAGCCAGCUUUCGCAGGUUGAGACAGAGCUAGUUGUUGACUCGAGGGUUUCUCGGAAGCUGAAAAUCAAGGCAGAUUUUAUACUACUUCCAACGCUAGCAAUUGCUUAUCUUUUAAAUUCCCUUGAUCGAAGUAACAUAUCAAAUGCCCAUACUGCUGGGCUAGCGGAUGACCUUAACCUGGUCAGCAACCAAUUCAACCAGGUCCUUACCUACUACUUUAUCAUUUUUGUGAUAAUGGGUCCUGUGGGAGUUUUGUUGACGAAACGUUUCUCGGCUCGCUUCUCACUCGCCGUUAUGCAACUCGGAUUUGGAACGGCAUCCCUGGCAACGGGAUUUGUGAAGUCAUUUAGUGCACUAGUUGCCUGCAGAGUUGUUGUUGGACUCUUUGAAGCGGGGUAUCUUGCUUCAGUUAUAUACUAUCUAUCUAUCUGGUACACGCGCAAGGAACUCGCCACCCGCUUGGGCAUUUUUUAUGCUGCCUUGGUUUCUUCCUCUGCCUUUGGGGGCCUUCUGGCGUAUGGGGUGUUCCAUAUUCCGUCGGGCCCGUAUCCAUCAUGGGCUUAUUUGUUCUUUCUUGAAGGUUCACUUACAGUGCUGUGGGCCGUGGUGAUUGUCUGCAUUCUUCCCCCAGAUUCUGAGCACGCCUGGUUCCUAAACGAGGCAGAGAGAAAAGCCGGUCGGCUGCGCCUCAAAAAUGACUCUGUGCAAGGUCUUGACAACAAGUUUAACUGGAAGGAGUCGAUGUCCGAAUUCAGAACUUUUCAUCCAUAUAUUCGCGCGGCACUGGCAUUCUGCAAUGGCGUGGUGCUGACUUCCAAUUCCACUUUCCUCGCUAUGAUUGUUGAACGAAUGGGGUUUUCAGCGGUCAAAACUAAUCUAUACACCGUUGCUCCGGCGCUCACGGCAGCGAUUAUCCUCAUUCUCUGCACCAAGUCAUCGGACUACUUCCAGGAACGUGGCUUUCACUGCGUGGUAUCUGGGCUGGUCAGUCUCAUCGGAUAUAUCAUACUCGUUUCGGUGCACCCUGCCCAAAUUGGUGUUAUGUACUUGGCUAUAUUUCUCUGUACUGCCGGGGCUUACCCAGGAACGCCUCUUGGUUCUGCAUGGACGGUGGAGAACAUUCCCAACCUAAAUGCCCGUGCGAUGACAAGCGGCAUUGUGAUAUCCAUCGGCAAUUGUGGAGGCCUGGUGUCCAGCAACCUGUAUCUGGCUAAGGAAGAACCACGCUACCUAACGAGUCUUCGCGCCAAUAUCUCAUUUCAAGCCGCCAGUAUCGCUAUUGCACUAUCAUAUACCCUGUGGAUGCGAUGGGAAAAUCUACGCCGGGACCGGAUACAAGAAGUGGAGAACUCCUUAGAUCUGAUGACAGUCGGGAUCGCCGGUACAAGGGAUCCCGGAUUCAGAUACCGGGCAUAA